AUGACCUACCAGGCAAGAUACGAUCUGAUUUCUCAGUUCCAACUUGAUAAAGCUGCUUCCAGAGGCAUUAUCCAGCGUGUGGUGGGCUCCACAGCUUUACAAGUGGCUUACAAAUUAGGCACAAAUGUAGACUUCAGGAUUCCAACUAGAUCUUUGUAUCCUAAUGGAUUACCUGACGAGUAUUCCAUUUUGACUACUUUUCGGAUGACUGGAAAUACACUUCAGAAAUACUGGAGCAUUUGGCAGGUUCUGGAUUCUUCUGGAAAAGAACAAGUUGGACUGGCAUUCAAUGGACAAGCCAAGUCUGUUGAAUACUCAUAUAAAGGAAUUGAUGGAAGUCUCCAGACAGCAACAUUUCUGGAUUUGCCAUAUCUAUUUGAUUCCCAGUGGCAUAAGGUUAUGGUUGGAAUAGAAAAGAGCACUGUUACUCUUUAUGUUGACUGCACUAUGAUACAAACUUUAACCAUAAAACCAAGGGGAAAGAUCAGUGCUGAUGGCUUUACCAUGCUGGGAAAACUGAAAACAAAUCCUCAAAUAUCUGUUCCGUUUGAGAUCCAGUGGAUGAUGAUUCAUUGUGACCCUCAACGACCCCAGAGAGAAACUUGCAGUGAACUUACAGCCCGUAGCUCGAUAAGCCAGACAACCAUCAAGAGAGGGCCUGCUGGUCCACAAGGGCCCCCAGGCCCACCAGGCCCACCGGGAGUUCCUGGCAUCGAUGGCAUUGACGGGGACAGAGGUCCUAAUGGGCCCCCAGGCCCUCCGGGUUCAGAUGGUGAACCAGGUAAAGCAGGUGUCCCUGGAUUGCCAGGAAUACCAGGAGCUGAUGGAUUGACAGGCCCUGAUGGAUCACUAGGCCCAGCUGGUCCAAAAGGACAAAAGGGUGAACCUGGGCUGCCUGGAGGCCGUGGACUUCCUGGAAAAGGGAUUCUUGGAUCACCUGGUCCUCCUGGGAUAGCAGGACUUCCUGGAGAAGUGGGCAGAGUUGGGCCACCUGGUGACCCUGGGAAGAGAGGCCCUCCGGGAGUACCAGGACCUCCAGGCCCCAGGGGAACAGUUGGGCUUCGUGAUGGAGAUCCACUGUGUCCCAAUGCUUGUCCACCUGGCCGACCAGGGCACGCUGGGCUAAUGGGCAUGAAGGGUCACAAGGGAGUAUCAGGAGACUCUGGUGAACCAGGAAAACAAGGCCAUAAGGGAGAGGAAGGUGAACAAGGAGGACUAGGUGAUAUCGGAACUCAAGGCCCUCCAGGACCUUCAGGGUUAAGAGGUAUAACCGGCAUAAUGGGACCCAAAGGUGAUAAAGGUGGUCGGGGUCUUGAUGGAGAGCCAGGUCCUCGAGGUCUUCCUGGGGCACCUGGUGAUCAAGGACAACGGGGCUCACUGGGAGAGGCAGGUCCCAAAGGAGAAAGAGGUCCUGAAGGUGACAGAGGAAUUACUGGCCUUCCUGGGCCUAAAGGAGAAAGUGGCUUACCUGGAGUGAAUGGCCGUGAAGGGAUCCCUGCCAUGCCAGGAAAAAAGGGUGAACCAGGCAAACCAGGCCCUCCAGGUGAUAUAGGAGCUCAGGGACUGCCGGGUUUACCUGGCUCUCCUGGACCAAAAGGUGUUGCUGGGCUAAAGGGUAAUGGGGGUCCUCCUGGGAUACCUGGCUUGAUGGGGAAUUCGGGUAAACCUGGAGAUCAAGGGCCACAGGGAGUACAAGGACCCAACGGACCCAGAGGCCCACCAGGUGGCAGAGGUGAGCCAGGUCCUGCAGGCCCUCCAGGUCCACCAGGUAAAAUGGGUGCUGAGGGUGACAUAGGCCUCCCGGGUGUACCUGGGCCUCCAGGAUUCCUUGGUCCAAGAGGUGACAGGGGUUCAGUUGGUGAACCAGGGCCUAAGGGAGAACAAGGAGCUGCCGGUGGAGAGGGAGAGUCUGGACAAAGAGGCGACCUUGGUGACAUGGGUUUGCCAGGCCCUAAAGGAUCUGUUGGGAAUCCAGGUGAACAUGGCUCACGUGGGCCUGAAGGAAGCCGUGGUUUGCCUGGAAUAGAAGGAUUACGGGGACCACCUGGUCCACGUGGUUUGCAAGGUGAACAAGGAUCUCCAGGUCUGCCUGGUAGUGAGGGUCCAGCUGGCAGAGAGCCAACUGAUGCACACAUCAAGCAGGUUUGCAUGAGAGUAAUGCAAGAACAACUGGCUCAGUUGGCUGCCAGCCUUCGGAGGCCGGAAUUUGGUGCUCCAGGCCUCCCCGGCCGUCCUGGGCCACCUGGUUCCCCUGGAUCUCCUGGAGAAAAUGGCUUCCCAGGGCAGCUUGGAUCUCGAGGUCUGCCUGGCCUUAAGGGCCCUCCUGGUGAAAUUGGGCGGAAAGGCCCCAAAGGUGAAACAGGUGAAAAGGGGGAGAGAGGACUCCCAGGCCGAGGCCCCAAAGGCUUACCAGGAACAACAGGACUCCCAGGAGAACCAGGCAAGCCCAGUUAUGGCACGAAUGGGCGAGAUGGUGAUCGAGGCCCACCUGGAAUAGCUGGUCAGCCAGGGGUUCCAGGUCCUCCUGGUCCUCCAGGCCCUUCCGGAUAUUGUGAACCAUCAGCUUGUACUGUGCAAGCCGGACUGAGAGCUGACAAUGUGAAAGGGCCGUGAAAAGUGCAAAAGUCCACGACACGAGUUAUUGGAAACAAUGUACUAUCUGCAUGUACAUCUAACAACGGAGAAAAAAUCGCAGAGGAGAAACAUACUGUAAAAAACACAGAGAAUCCUAUCAAAGGCUUGACAGACUUAAAAUGCACUGGUUGUCCCAUUCUCCAACUUGUAUAAACAGUACACGGCAACCAAAUAUUUUUUAAAAAUGGUGCUUACAAAGUGAUACCAGAUGGCUUUUCCUUGUUAUUGUGGCGAAAGGCAGCUGUGUAAUUCUUUAGAAGACUUCUUCCCAAAUACUAUUCUUAACCCUUUCCCCCUGUUCAUAUUGUGCUGUAUUGCAGCAUCAGAGAGAAUGGCAUAAUUUAGCUGUAUUGUCCAAUACAUUUGUAAAAUAAGUUAUGAAUGUUUACAUGC